AACUGUCUGUGUAAAUCGAUCUGAAUUUCUUAAUUUAAUUAUUAUAUUAAUUAUGUUCUACACACAUUGAAUAAUAUUUUAUAAUAUGUUUGAGUGGGCUUACAGUGGUGCUAACAAAGCCGUACCCAGAAAUGUGGGGCCCGAAUGUGCUUAUUUUUUAUCUCCACUUAGACAAAUAAUUGAGACUGUUAUUGUAACAACUAUCUGCAUUUAUAUUUUAAUCAAAACUUAUCCAAGAUUGGAAAUACCAAAGGAAAUCAAUUACAUAAAAAAUGACAGAGGUGGUAAAAGAUUAUUAGUUAUUCUUCUAGCCUUACUAUGGGGUAUGGAAAUUGGCUUUAAAUUUGCAUCUCGAACCGUUAUAUAUCUGUUAAAUCCAUGCCAUGUAACAACUUUAAUACAAAUAUAUUUGCUAGCUGCCCCACCAAGCAAGACAGUAACUGGUUUAUUUCGUAUUCAUUUGAAUUUAUUAAAUGGCCCUCUCUUAGCAUUUUUGUUUCCUGAAACAGCUUCACGAACGAUUUUAGCAGAAGCUGCAUUAUAUUGGAUACAACAUGGAAUGAUGUUUGUAAUACCCUAUUAUCUAUUAAGAAUUGGUGGUGUUUAUAAUGUAGAACCCAUAUGGGAUUUCAAUUGGGCAAUCUUCAGUUAUAGUUUAAAUCUUUUGUACCACUUCAUUGUGUUACAAAUUAUUGCAAUCCCUGCGCAAGUAAAUUUGAACCACAUGCUCUGUCCCGCAAUAUUGGAUCCAUUUGAUGGCCCCUGGUAUCGUAUCGCAGCUGUUAUACACCAAGCGCUACUUUGUCCACUCCUCUGCAAAACAUUCUGCAUUGUUGCAGAUUUUUGUCUUACGAAAUUCCCACCGACGAAAGUGAAACCUCAUAUGAAAGAUAACUUGCAAGAUCUGAAACCCGACGAUAAGUUAAACAAACGGCAUAAUGACUAGUGGUUGUAUAUAUUUUUUUCUCUUUGCGGCUGUAAUCCCUGUCAGGGUAGCCAGAAUUUAUUGUAUAAAAUUGCCUAUUGUAGAAAAGAACAAUAUUUCAUCGCGUCCAUUUAGUUUGAGUGAUUAUAGUAGAAGUUAAGAUUGAACAAUAAUUUAUUUUAGAUUAUGAUAAAUCUAAAUGAUGCUGAGUUAUAGAAAUAUAUAUUAAAUGGUAGGUAUAAUGCACGCAAAUUGAAUUUCUUAAUACUAAGGCGCAACACGUUAUUAUGACGAGAUUGUUUUUGUGUUAUUAAGCCUAUCUAUCAAUGUUGUUGGAUUCCAACAUCGGGAUAGGCUGUUUGUAUAUCACUUGCCUUGCUGCCAUAACUUAGUAGUAAUUUAAAAUAGGUAUGACAUGUGUUAUAUGUUAUCAAAGUUUUUAAAUGAUUCUUAUUAUAUUUCAAAUUUGUGAGAAAAUCAUAUUUACCGAUUCGAAGGUAUAAUACCUUUAUUAUUUUUGAUUUUAUAAAAACAAUAGGAACGUCGUUAUUCGGAUUUUGACGCAUUUACAUAUAUUUAAUAUCAAAUAUUAUGACUUUACUACCUACUUAAUAAUAUAUGAUGAAUAUUCUAUAUUCUAAUCUCAGACUAACCAAAUAGUGCUUAUAUAUGUAACAAAGAGCAUAGUUAGGAUAGGAUGCUGGUCAUGGAAAAGAAAAAGCAAGAACAUAUUUCUGCUACAAUAACGAAAUUAAUGGAACAAAAUAUACAUAUAUCCUGUCAAAAUAAUCACCCCCAAUGAUUGUAUAUAUACAUAUACGUGUACGAGCAAUGUAGUGAAUAUAUGACAAUCGGUAAGGUAAAGAUACCAAAGUAAAGGUAUUUAAAUCCCUGUAUAGGGCAAACUAUUGUAGAUUGAUAAAAAAAAAACCCAAGAAACAGAAAUUACGAGUUUAUAAAUAGUAAUGACGUAGUACAUUACUAUUUAUAAACUCGUAAUUUCGUAACUAGCGGCAAAAUAUAAAAUCGCGUUGUUUUUAUAAGGAAGAGUGAAAAUAUGAAAGUUCAUGACAAUCACAGAGAUAUUUUAUUUACGCUUAGAUCAAGGGUCUCAGGUGAUGCACAUAAUCGAUCGCGAUCUAUCAACCUUUAACUAGGAACACAUGGAAGUAACUCUACGCACAUAAUGACGUUCUUAUAAAUACUUACAUGCGAUCGCGUUUUGUGUAACGAACCGCCUCACGUCAUCAUCGCCAUCGCCUAUAUAAUAACUCCAAUUUUGUAAAAACCAAUUAUAGGUAGGUACCUCCUUCGAUAAAAUUCUGAAGGUAGGCUAAUGGUAAUGAUAAUAAUGAAAUGCAACAUACGCCUGUGAUAGCCGAUCAUCAGUGAAAGUGGAAUCCUGAACUAUAUUAAAUACUAAGGGUAGGUACAAUAGGAAUAUAGCAAACUUUAUACUGGACGCAUCAAUGGAAAGUAAUGAUGUAUGAGCUGCUUGAGAC